UCUCAGUCCCAACCCGCGAGUCCAAGUCCACAACCUCCUCGCCACAACAAGAAAACGAUACCUCAGCGGCGGGGUCAGGCCCAGACACAGGGUCGGCGGGGCUCUCUGGCACGCUCGACCGCUCCCGACAUCGCCACUAGAAUCCAUGAAGAUAUAUCGAACAACAUCUACGAAUGCGCCAUUUGUACAAACGAAGUGGGACAGACCUCCAAAGUGUGGUCGUGUCGCACUUGUUGGACGGUGUUCCACAUCGGCUGCGUCAAGAGAUGGUCGAAGAAUGAAGGUUCAGCCGUCCAACGGUCUGCUGGCCAAAGCGACGAAGAAACGCCUGUCGGAAAGCAAUGGAGAUGCCCAGGUUGCAAUCUACCAAAGGACACAUACCCG